CCACGGGCAGAUCUCCAAACAGUUGACAUCGACAUGGCGACGGCACUGGAGUUGAGUUCCAGCGAGAUACGCGGCCUGUGCCAGCGGUUCCUCCAUCAAGAUGAUUGCAGCUCCCAUACCGGAUUCGAUAUAGUCAGCUAUCAGCUGAAACCCACAUCGGAGGCACCAGCCGGAUAUCUGGGCAGUCACUUCUAUCUUCAGGUCACCGUACAGCUGCACGAUGGAGAGGAAUUGAAGCUCCGAUUCUUUGCGAAGGCUGCACCCGAGGGCAAUGCCUCGCGAAUGCAGUACCUCGAGGAUUUCGGUGUGUUCCAAAAGGAGAUUGCCAUGUAUAAGAGUGUCCUGCCCGAAGUGGAGGCAGCCUGCGCUCAGGUGGCACCCAAAUGCUACUAUGCCGAUAAGAAUCUGCUGGUUUUCGAGAACUUAGUGGAUCAGGGCUACCGCAUGGGCACCGGACGCGAUGGCCUGCUGAGCUAUGAGCAGCUCCACUGCUGCCUGAAGACCCUGGCCGCCAUGCAUGCGGGUGCCAUCAUCCAGGAGCAGCGUUCGGGCAAGAGGCUCACCCAAUCGCAGCCCCUUGCCGUGGUUGAGAACGCAUAUCCCAGCAAUAAGGAGCCAGAUCAUCUGCGGAUGGUAAACUUCAACAAUGGCUGUUCGGUGUUUAAGAAACUCAUCAAGGAGAUGCCCAAAUAUCAGUCAAAGAUCGACUACAUUUUGGAGAACUUCACCGAUCGAAUGUCGUACAUUUUCGAGGCAAUCAAGACGUCCGAUAAAUAUCAGAAUACCCUGUCCCAUGGCGAUCUCUGGGCGAACAACAUUAUGUUCCAGUAUGGCAAGUAUGGAGAGACGCCACUGCACUGUCGCCUCGUGGACUUCCAGCUGGCCCGAUAUGCUCCACCCGCACUGGAUGUGAUCACCGUCCUUACCAUACCAACCACUAGCCAAUUUCGGGCCGCACAUCUCGAUGAACUCUUGGCGGAGUACUAUCGCUUCAUGAGCGAGUUUCUCAAGCGAGCUGGCCUGGAUAUAGCACGCUUUAUACCCGAGGAUUCCUUCUAUCAAUCCGUGAAGGAGUUCCGCAGUGUGGGCCUCAUCGAGAGCUGUCUCUUCUGUCAUUUGGUGCUGCUGCCGCCAUCCUCUACACUAAAGUUGACCGGCUCUGCGGAUGGUUUCAAUGACUUCUUCAGCCAUCGUCGCAUAGAGAUCUGCAAGGAGGCCUUCGACACGGAUGAGCUGUACAGAACGCGCAUGACAGACAUGAUUGAAGAUUUUGUCGAUAAUUUUGUAUUGAAAGAAAGAAAUUAAAGUUAGUAGUUAUCUUAGAAAAUUAUAUAGAAACUCCAAACGUUGCUCAGCUUUUUAGUCCAUGCUUCGUUGAGUUUUCGUUUUCAUUUA